CAGGCAGCUGAGGGCCUGUCCGUCUAGGACCCCUGCCCUUUAGACAUGGCCCAAGGCCCCCUCAAUCCCCAGCACCAUGGCCCUGCAGGGGUGAGGACAGCCUAAACUACACCACCCCACGGCUGGUGCCGUGCCACUGACCCGGGCGCAGCCGGCCUCUGACACAGAGGCCAUGGAGACGGUACCCCCAGCUGUGGACCUGGUGCUGGGUGCCUCGGCCUGCUGCCUGGCCUGUGUCUUCACCAAUCCUCUGGAGGUGGUGAAGACGCGGCUGCAACUGCAGGGGGAGCUACAAGCCCGGGGCACCUACCCACGGCCCUACCGGGGCUUUGUGGCCUCUGUCGCAGCUGUGGCCCGUGCAGAUGGGCUGUGGGGCCUGCAGAAGGGGCUGGCUGCCGGCCUCCUGUACCAGGGCCUCAUGAAUGGUGUCCGCUUCUACUGCUACAGCCUGGCGUGCCAGACUGGCUUCACCCAGCAGCCAGGUGGCACCAUGGUCGCGGGUGCUGUGGCUGGGGCACUGGGAGCCUUCGUGGGGAGCCCUGCUUACCUGAUCAAAACGCAGCUACAGGCCCAGACCGUGGCCAUGAUGGCCGUGGGGCACCAGCACAAUCACCAGAGUGUCCUAGGUGCCUUGGAGACCAUCUGGCGGCAGCAGGGCCCACUGGGGCUAUGGCGGGGCGUGGGUGGGGCUGUGCCACGAGUCACAGUGGGCUCAGCUGCCCAGCUGGCCACCUUUGCCUCCGCAAAGGCCUGGGUGCAGGAGCGACAGUGGCUCCCAGAGGACAGCUGGCUGGAGGCCCUGGCAGGGGGCAUGAUCAGCAGCGUGGCCGUUGUUGCCGUCAUGACCCCCUUUGAUGUGGUCAGUACGCGGCUAUACAAUCAACCUGUGGAUCAAGCUGGCAGGGGCCAGCUGUAUGGGGGCCUCAUCGACUGUUUGGUGAAGAUCUGGCGGCAGGAGGGCCCCCUGGCGCUCUACAAGGGUCUGGGCCCUUCCUACCUGCGCCUGGGCCCCCACACCAUCCUCAGUAUGCUCUUUUGGGACGAGUUACGGAAACUGGCUAAGCGGGCCCAGCACCAGGGCACCUAGGCGGUGUCCCUCACCCCCAUAUCCUGACACAGCCUGGCACUUGGCCAGGAGUGGCCACAGGUCCAGGGAGAGUGUGGACAGCUCUGAUGAACCCAGCCCACUCAGGGCCAGAACAACCACUCCAAAUGACCACUGAUGGUUCUCCAGAAAGUUCUCUGUGCCGGGUUACCAAGUCCUAGAGGCUUAAUCCUUGUUAUGAUAACUGCUGUGGGCACGACUGUCACCAUGAACUGAGUGACACAUGCAUCAGCUCGCUUAGUCCUCAAACAGCAGAAAGACACAGGUAAAAUCCUCUUUUACCACAGGGAAGCUGAGGCUGAGACAGGGGACAUAACUUUGACCAAAGCCACACAGCUCGGAAGUGGCAGUGCAAGGACUGGAACUCAUCUCUGCCCACCCCCAACCGGUGCCUUUGGCAAGGGCACGACCGUACAGGACCACGGUGCUGGAGGGCCCCUCGGGGAUUGCUGCACACGUGGGGAGUCGCGGGGCACGGUGGCGACGUCAUCCAUCUUGUUUGCUGGGGCUACAUAACAAAGUAUGGGCUAGGGGACUUAAACAACAGAAAUUUAUCUUCUCAGGAUUCUGGAGGCUAGAAGUUUGAGAAACCACGGUGUCAGAGGGGUUAGUUUCUCCUGAGGCCUCUGUUCUUGGCUUGUGGAUGGCCGCCAUCUCCCUGUGUCUUCACACAGUUGUCCCUCUGUGCCUCUCUGUCCUAAUCUCCUCCUCUUAUGAGGACAUCAGUCAUGUGGGAUUAGGGCCCACCCGUAUAACCUCAUUUUAACUUUACUACCUUUUUUAGAGACCCUCUCUACAUAUACAGUCACAUCUGGAGGUACUGCAGGUUAGGACUACAACAUAUGAAUUGGGGUGGACACAAUUCAGCCCUUAACAUCAUCUAAGCACAGGCUUUUAUUGAGGGCCUCCCAGGUGCCCUGCACUGUGCGCAUUUGCACGUACUAUGACAACUGUGAAAGGGAGCUCUGGGAUGCCCAUUGUUCAGAUGAGGAGACUGAGGCCCAGGGAGGGGAAGUGCCAGGGUGAGCAGCACAGCAGAGUUUGCAUUUGGGCUAAAUGGCAGAUCCUGGGCCCUCUCUCCAGACUGCAGCAAUACUCCCGCCAUGGCAUGUCCUUAAGGGCCACACUGACCUUGGUACUACAAAGGUGAACACCAGCUCCCCGGGAGGGGUAGGACUGGCCUGGGGUCCAUCAACCCCAACUACCUCCCCUGCCAUGCUGCACAUCUGUGAACAGCUGCUCCCCAGAAACACCCUCCCUGCUGCACACUCCAAACCAAUAAAGUUUUCUAUUUUGUUUACUUCAACGAA